CAUCUUCUGUCUCCUCCCUAUGACAAAAUCUCCUCUAGAUCUCAUCUCGCAUCUAUGGAAAUGGAAGUCUCAUAUCCGGUCUUCUCCCUUUGAAAGCAUGAGAAGUGAUCCAUCGUUCUAGUGUGGAAGAAAUCAUCUCAAGCUCUCACACUUGACUUACAGAGAAAAAGGAAUUGGAGGAAGAAGCUGCCGGAGCUAGAGGUAGGAAUCACAUUGCAUCACCAGGUUGAUCAUCAACCAAAACAUCAUAUAGCUCUUUGGAUCCGGCAAGGCGAGUAACAUGGAGGUCAUGACUGGGGCUAUGAGCACCCUCCUACCCAUCCUCGGCAACCUUCUCAAGGAGGAGUACAACCUGCAGAAGAACACCAGGGGUGAGAUCAAGUUCCUCAAAGCAGAGCUGGAGAGCAUGGAGGCUGCCCUCAUCAAGGUUUCAGAGGCACCGCUGGACCAGCCACCUGACAAACAGGUCAAGCUGUGGGCGAGGGAUGUCAGGGAUCUGUCCUAUGAGAUUGAAGACAACGUUGACAAAUUCUUGGCAUGCCUUGAAUGUCAGCAGCAAAAGAGGCCACACAGCUUCAUGGGUUUCAUUCAUAGAAGCAUCAACAUACUUACAAAGGGCAAGGUCCGACACAAUAUAGGCAUGGAUUUCAAAGACAUCAAGAGGCGCAUCAAGGAGGUCAGUGAGAGGCGUGAUAGGUACAAGGUUGAUAGCGUUGUGCCCAAGUCCACUAGCACAAGUACUGAUACACUUCGCCAGUUAGCCUUGUUCAAAAAGGCGACAGAGCUUAUUGGCACCGAAGAGAAGAGCCUUGACAUAGUCAAGAUGCUAAUGGAGGGAGACGAGGUUUUCAAGAAACAGCCCAAGAUGAUCUCUAUUGUUGGCUUUGGAGGCUUAGGGAAGACAACUCUUGCUAACGUGGUAUAUGAGAAGCUUCGUGGGGACUUUGAUUGUGGAGCUUUUGUUUCUGUGUCUCUUAAUCCUGACAUGAAGAAGCUUUUCAAGAGUUUGCUCCAUCAACUUGACAAGGGCAACUACAAGAACAUCAUGGACGAGUCAGCGUGGAGUGAAACACAACUCAUUAGUGAGAUAAGAGAUUUCCUUCGAGACAAGAGGUACUUCAUUCUCAUUGAUGACAUAUGGGAUAAAUCUGUGUGGAAUAAUAUUAGAUGUGCUCUGAUUGAGAAUGAAUGUGGUAGUAGAGUAAUUGCAACAACUCGCAUUCUAGAUGUUGCCAAAGAAGUUGGUGGUGUUUAUGAGCUUAAACCUCUUUCUACUAGUGACUCAAGAAAGUUAUUCUACCAAAGAAUAUUUGGAACUGAGGACAAGUGCCCUCAUAUUCAGUUGGCUGAAGUAAGUGAGAACAUUUUGCAGAAAUGUGGUGGAGUACCAUUGGCUAUCAUUACACUGGCUAGUAUGUUGGCUAGUAAAAAGGAACAUGAAAAUACAUAUACGUAUUGGUCCAAGGUGUACCAAUCUAUGGGUUCUGGGCUUGGAAAUAAUCCCGACCUGAUGGACAUGAGGAGGAUACUAUAUGUCAGUUACUAUGACCUGCCUCCAAAUCUGAAGACUUGUUUACUGUAUCUCAGUUUGUAUCCAGAGGAUUAUCAUAUUAAAACCAAAGAGUUGAUAUGGAAAUGGAUAGGUGAAGGAUUCAUUCAUGAAGAGCAGGGGAAGAGCUUGUAUGCAGUAGGCGAGGAUUACAUUGCUGAGCUCAUUAACAAAAGCUUGGUCCAACCAAUGGAUAUCAAUAUUGCUAAUAAGGCGAGCUCUGUCCGUGUACACGACAUGGUGCUUGACCUUAUCACUUCCUUGUCAAAUGAGGAGAACUUUCUCGCAACAUUGGGUGGUCAGCAGACCAGGUCGCUAGCAAGUAAGAUCCGUCGACUGUCUCUCCAAACCUGCAAUGAAGAGGAUGUCCAGCCAAUGCCAACCAUGAGCAGCUUGUCCCAUGUGAGAUCACUUACUGUGUUCAGUAAAGACCUCAGUUUGUUGUCCGCACUUUCAGGUUUUCUUGUCAUACGUGCAUUGGAUUUAAGUGGUUGUAGCGAAGUGGGUAAUCAUCAUUUGAAGGAUAUUUGCAAGUUAUUUCACCUGAGGUAUCUGAGUUUAAAAUGGACACCUAUCACUGAGAUCCCGAAAGAGAUCGGCAACCUACAGCUUCUGCAAGUGCUAGACAUAAGGUGCUACGGAUUGGAAAAAUUGCCAUCAACCCUUGUUCAGCUAAGACAACUGGUGUUUAUUGACAUGGGUACAAGGCAAGUCUCUCCAUUGCUUCUAAAAUCAAUGUCCACCUUGCCCUCCCUCUCUUCCCUUGCAAUUGGAUUAAGAGAACUGAGAAAGGAAGACCUCCAAAUACUUGGGAGCAUGCCGUCUCUGCGUGACCUCUCUCUUUUUGUAAUGUAUUGGGGAAAAGUCACAGAUAAAAGGCUAGUCAUUGACAAUGGUUGUCCCUUCCGGUCUCUGAAAAGGUUCAGUAUAAAUAUUAUAGAAGCCACUAGUUUUAUGUUUGCACAAGGAACCUUGCAAAAGCUCCAAAUCCUGGAGUUAGAAUUUUAUAUUUGGAAAAAAGACCAAUUUGGUGAUUAUCAGUUUGGGCUGGAGAACCUCUCUUCGCUUGAGCAUGUCUAUGCGGUUGUUCGUGGUUAUGUUAGUGAGGGUGAGCUGAUCGGUGCACUUGAGAAAAUGCUUGAUAUUAAUCCCAACAAGCCCACACUGACACCGAAGAUGUUUGGCGGGUUUGUAGGAACUGACUGGCAGGAGGAAUUUAUGCUGGGAAAGGCUUUUGAAGUGCUGUUCAUAGAGGAAUAACCAGAGCAGAGGUGCUGCCCAGGAAACGAUGCUGGCGCCUUGGCUCUCUUUGUCUGAAGAUCUUCCCAUGAGGAUCAGCUGGUUUCAUCCGGCAGCUCUGCUUCUGACUCCAUGAGGCGUGUGUUCACGCUCUGCUUGCUCCAGUUGCUAGUUGCUCAUCUUCAACAGCAAGACCCUACAAAACCGUUGCCUGGUCAAAUAAGAAAUGAAACCUUGUAAUAGUGUGCCUUUUGUCCCUGAAGGAAGGCAAAGCCAGUCCAUCGACAAUUGUUCAUCAGCACACCCUGAUGGAUGGAGUUGGAGUGUCAAUGAUCACAAAUGGCAACAUUAAAUGACUUUGCUGGAUAAUCUGAAACCUUGUAACAUGAUUGGGUUCUCAUGCUUAUUUUGGUUGAUUUAUAAACAUUCCCAUAGUAGUCGCUUGAUUUCA